CCGGAAAAACCCGGUCGAAUCCUGGCUUGUCUUGGUUGGGUCGGCUGGUGGGAUACGCCCUCGUCUCGCCCCUUUGUCCAACCCUCUUCAUUUUAAAUUAAAAAGCCCCCAGUUCUGUGUGGUGUAGCAAAAUAAACAGUUGCGGCGACGCACUUCUUCCUGGAGGCCUUCGAGUCUCCAUGAUUUAAGGAGACGAGAAAGGUAAGGAGGACCGGAACAAUUCCUUCGCGGAACCUUUGAGGUGAGGCCUCGCGGAGCCAUUUGAGAACGGACCGCGGCGGGCUGGAACCAGACUAGUAGGCAUGGCGGCGGCGGAGCCGGAUGCGGACCCGAAGGCCGCCAUCCCUGUGGACCUGCGGCGGGAACGGCGCUUGGUGUGCGUGGAGUACCCGGGCGUAGUACGUAACGAGGCCAAGAUGCUACAGACCCUGGGCGGCGAGGAAAGCGUCUCUCGAAUCUACACUGACCCUACCAAGAGGCUCGAACUCUACUUCCGGCCCAAGGACCCAUACUGCCACCCUGUGUGUGCUAACCGUUUCAGUACCAGCAGCCUGCUGCUCCGGAUCCGGAAAAGAACAAGGCGUCGGAGAGGUGUCCUGGGAGACGAGGCCCACCCCCAGGUCACGUUCAACUUGGAGAUCAUUGGCAUCAUCUCCACAAUUUACAAAUUCCAGGGAAUGUCUGACUUCCAGUACUUGGCAGUGCACACAGAAGCUGGUGGCAAGCAUGUUUCCAUGUAUGACAGAGUGCUCAUGCGCAAGCCUGAGAAGGAGGAGUUCUUCCAUCAGGAGCUACCACUCUACAUCCCCCCACCCAUCUUCUCCAGGCUGGACACCCCUGUGGACUAUUUCUAUCGCCCUGAGACACAGCACCGAGAAGGCUAUCAUAAUCCCACCAUCUCAGGGGAGAACCUGAUUGGACUGAGUAGAGCCCGGCGCCCCCACAACGCCAUCUUUGUCAACUUUGAGGACACUGAGGUUCCUGAACAGCCUUUGGAGGCUGCAGUCCAGACAUGGAAGAAGGCCUGCACCAAUCCCAUAGAUCAGAAGGUGGAAGAGGAGCUGAGGAAGCUCUUUGACAUCCGUCCUGUUUGGUCACGAAAUGCUGUCAAGUCUAACGUCAGUGUCCAUCCUGACAAGCUUAAGAUCUUGCUUCCCUAUAUGGCUUAUUACAUGAUAACAGGCCCGUGGAGAAGCUUGUGGAUUCGAUUUGGCUAUGACCCUCGAAAACACCCAGAUGCCAAGAUUUAUCAAGUCCUUGAUUUUCGAAUCCGCUGUGGAAUGAAAUACGGUUAUGGCUCCAGGGACAUGCCUGUUAAAGCGAAGCGUAGCACGUACAACUACAGCCUGCCCAUCACCGUCAAGAAGACAUCCAACCAGCCUGGCACCAUGCAUGACCUGAAGCAGGGCCUGGGCCCAUCAGGAACUGAUGGCCCACGGAAAUUGACCUACAAUAAAUACAAACUCAAGGAUUCGGUCUACAUCUUCCGGGAAGGGGCUCUGCCACCCUAUCGACAGAUGUUCUACCAGCUGUGUGAUUUGAAUGUGGAGGAGUUGCAGAAAAUUGUUCACCGAAACGAUGGGACAGAGACUGUGUGCACAGAGAGAGAUGGGUGGUGCCUCCCCAAGACCACAGAUCACCUGAGAGACACCAUGUCACUCAUGAUUCUACAGACCAUCCGCUCUGAGAGGCCUGCUCUUUUCUCCAACACAGGUAAGGCUGAUCGUGGGAAAGAGCAGCUGAUGUUUGAAUCUGGAGAGGAAGAGGAGGAGGAGGAGGAAGAGGAGGAAGAGGAGGAGGAGGAUUUCAAGCCCUCAGAUGGGAGCGAGAAUGAGAUGGAGACAGAGAUUCUGGAUUACGUGUGAGGAAGCGCUGUUCCCAGGCAACCAGGACAUGCUGGCGAGUCAUGAUGGGACAGUUGGGACAGGCUUGUGCCCCCAUCCAGGCAGUGAGAUGAGGAUACUGGGCAACCCCAGGCUGUGCUCAGCCUGACUUCACCAAAUGGACCUGAAAACACCCCGUCUCACAUCUUCCUUUUGUCUCUGUCAAGCGGACAUCCAUGGAAGGUCCCUGGGUGUAAGCCCCAGAGCAGCAGCGCCACUUCCUGAAGGGUGCUGCGCCAGAGAUGGGCCAUUGCCUUGUGUCUCUGUGUGGCCUCUGUGCCUUGAACAGCCUGGUGCACACAGUCAAGUCACAGCAAAUCCAAAGCCAAAUGCCUCGAGCCAGCCGAGAUUGAAGAUCCAUUGUUUGAUUUGGGUCAAGUGAGCACUCCUGGGAACUUCCCAGUCUUGCAUGGAAUCAGACAGACCGACCCUGUGUCCCCGCUGACCCUGCUUCCUGCUGCUUCAAAGAAUGCUCAGCCCUGAGGCAGGAAGUAGCUCUUCCAAAAGGCUAGCCAGCCUUGCCUGUCCCCAUAGGACUUCUUUCCUGGUGACUGCCAGGAAGCUUCAGCUGGGCGUUUUCUCACUUCUAGUUGCUGCCCAUCCUGGUUCUUGGGGAGGAGACCAGGGUUCUGAUCCCAUGUACCCAGGAAUGCUUUGACUCUGGAUGUGAGGAGGUUCUGAGUGAGGGCCCCGUGCCCUCUGGAGGCCUCACUUACACAGAGCCCAGGGCGAUGGCCAUUCCUGCCAUAGGUUGGACAGACUAGAAGGACUUCCUGAAGUCUAGCCACACUUGGCAAAGUAUUGUAACUGUCCUGAAUUCCCAUGUAAAUCAAAGUGCUUUUGGUACAAUAAAUAUAAAACUCCCCCAAAGCCAGCACUGGUGUUUGAUGCCCUGGUCACCUGGCAUAUGAGUCACAGCACUGAGUCUUGUUGCAUAGUG